AUGUACUAUAUAAUAUCAGGAUUAAUUCUUAUUUUUUUGACAGAGAGAGGAUAUAGCCAGUUAUCGCUUGAAAAUACUCCAUGUCCAAGUGUGUGCGUGUGUAAUGGAGAAAAAGUAACAUGUGAGGGUCAUCUACGAUAUAUCCCACCAUUGCCUGAAAAAACAACAGAUUUUGAUUUCUCCUCGAAUAAGCUAGGAUACUUAGGAGAAAACGCAUUCAAGAAUAUAUCUGGACUAAAUUUGACAAGACUUGCUAUAAGACGUCACAUUAAGCAUAUCCAUCCGCUGGCUUUUCAAAUGCUUCCACACCUACAGUUUCUAAAUCUGAGUGAUAAUCCAAUGCUUCAUUCCGGAUCUCUACGGAAAGCGUUUUAUGGAUUGCGAAAAAGUGAAUUGAGAGAAAUUAGCUUGACAAAUAUGUACUUGCACUCUUUGCGCGAUGACUUUUUUUCCAACCUGAGUAACACGUCUCUGGUAAGAGUCCAUCUUGAUAGUAAUGUUAUAGCUAACAAUGUCGGGGAUUUGAUGUUUCCAUUGUCCUCAAAAUUGCGAGAAAUUUCGUUCCAAAGAAAUCGAAUUUCAAAUGUGUCAUUAAAUAUAACUAUGCCAAAAAUGGAGAUUCUUAUUUUAAGAAAGAACAACCUAUUGUCUGUUCCAAACUUUUGUUCCGAGCCCGGUCACCAACCACGUUUUCCUAAUCUAAAGGUACUUGAUCUGAGUGAUAACCUUAUAGCAUUUGUCAAAGAAACCACAUUCUACAGAAACUGUUUCCCAAGACUUCAAAACCUGUCCCUUGGAUUUAACAAGAUUAAGAUAUUAGGCAAAAACUUCAUCAAUCAUAUGCCCUCCAUCUUGUACUUGUCCAUAGAAAAUCUAGAUCCUGAUGUUGAUCUGAAUAAAUAUUCCUUGAACAGUUCAUCGUUGCAGUACUUGUACAUGGGAAAUAAAUUCAACAUUCUGAAAAAUAACAAAAAUAUGUUCUUAUUUAGUUAUACUAGAAAUCUGAGAGUUCUUGAUAUGACUGGAAUACAAUUUGUUCUACCUCAUGGCUUGGAAAACAUGAUGCGUCGACUAUUUCAGCCUUUGAAGAGUCUAGAAGAAUUGACAUUGAAGAAAACGUCUUUAUCAACAUUUCCAGUAUCCGUCUUCCAGUUCAUGCCGAAUUUUACGAAACUCUCCUUACAAGAUUGUUCUUUUAACCAAACAAACUUAAUGAAGCUAUAUACACCAACCUUCUUAAAGAUUCUACUUCUGGACAACAACUUGAUAACCAGUAUCAACGAGACAAACAUCCCAAACAAUAUUGAACGGAUGAGUUUAAAGGGCAAUCCUUUUCUUUGUACUUGUGACCUUGUUUUCUUCAGGAAAUGGAUCGAAACCAACUCUGACCGCCUUUUGGGGUGGCCAAAUGAUUAUACAUGUAGUCUACCACAGGAAUGGAAGGGGAAGAAUCUUGUUGAUUUUCACCUUAAUAAACUUUUAUGCCAUCCCAUUAAUCCUUACAUCAUCAUGGCUAUUUCCAUUUUCUUUGCAGUCAUUGUCAUUGCCACAAUAUCUUGUAUAAUAUACAAGAAACGCUGGCACAUCAAGUAUUACUUUUAUCUUUUGCGCGCUAAAAAGCGUGGCUAUGAAGUUCUUGGGGGUGAUGAUUUUGCCUUUGAUGUAUUCGUAGCUUAUAACUCGGACGACAGAAUCUGGGUCAUUUCAGAAAUGAUACCCAGAUUGGAGAACGAAGAACAUCUUAAACUUUGCUUACAUGACAGGGAUUUUCAGAUUGGAAAACUAAUUGUAGACAACAUCACUGACGCUAUGCACCGAAGUAGAAAGAUUCUAAUCAUUCUUUCUAACAGUUUUGCACAAAGUCAUUGGUGUAGGUUCGAAACCAUGAUGGCACAGUUACGUUCGAUUAAUCACAAGGACAACACUGUGGUUGUUGUCAUUUUGGAAAACAUUCUGACCAAAAACAUGAACAACUCCCUUCAUAUGCUUUUAAAAUCUACCACAUAUAUAGAAUGGACGAAUGAAAAAACAGCGAAGGAGAUGUUCUGGACUAGAUUAGUGUCUUCGAUAAAAACUUAAAGUCAAAAUGCUGUUGCGGCACGUCAGGAUGCUUUUCGAUUUAUGAUUGUAAAACACAUGCGCAGCUAUUCUUCGAUCUUGAUGCAAAUUUGAAAGGGGUAUAGUGUUUAAACAUCAAAAUUAGUACAUUUUUCUUGCUUCCUUUUGUAUCUGCAAUUUGUCUCAGUAAAAAGACAAGUCUCUUAAACAUGACAAGAAAU